AUGCGGAAAUCUAUUUGCUGAAAACUCAAUUUUGAUUUUUGAGGGCCUCUCUCUGUCUCUCUCUGGUUCCUAUCUCCUCUCUCCUCUCUCCAUUCUCUCUCUCCUCUCUCCAGAAGGAAAAAACCUAAAAGAGCUGUUUACCCACAAAGCUGUAGAUUAUAUGGAUGAUGAUAGCCUGAGGAAUUGGGGUUAUUAUGAGCCUCCCCUUAAAGGGCUCGGUCUCCAGCUCAUGUCGUCUCUGGCAGAGCGAGACACGAAGCCUUUCCUAGCCGGGCGCAACAAUCCUGUAAUGGUCUCAGCGAAUGGCGCCUUCCAUCACCGUGAUUGUGUUGUUACUGAGCCACCGGUCUCACACAUGGACUACGUUAGGGAUAGCUGGAUAAACCACAGGGAGAAGUUCUUGCAUAUGUUCCCGGGGAACCCUUACAGCUCUAGCUCCGUUCUUGCUGAGUCUUCCGGAAGCCACCACGCGAUGCAGCAGCAGCAAGAAACAACGAAAGACAUUAAGCCAAGCUUGGAAGAGCUGGCUGUGAAGAAGGAAAAUGGAUCUCCCAAAAAGAGGGCGGCGGCUGCAACCCCCAAAACCCCGAAAGCAAAGAAGCCUAGGAAAAGCCCUGCACCCAAGGAAAAUGGUAAUGGUAAUGGAAAUCCUUCUGCUCAACGUGCAAAAACAGCAAAGAAGAACGUUGAAGUUGUUAUAAAUGGAAUGGAUAUGGAUAUUACUGGCAUACCAAUUCCUGUUUGCUCUUGCACGGGUUCCCCCCAGCAGUGUUAUAGAUGGGGAUGUGGGGGCUGGCAGUCGGCUUGCUGCACCACGACUAUAUCAAUGUAUCCAUUGCCGAUGAGCCAGAAAAGACGCGGGGCCAGAAUUGCUGGCCGGAAGAUGAGUCAGGGCGCGUUUAAGAAGGUUUUGGAGAAACUUGCUACAGAGGACUAUAACUUUGCUAAUCCCAUUGACCUGAGGACAUAUUGGGCAAAACAUGGCACCAACAAGUUUGUGAUAAUCAGAUAGGCUAAAGCAUCGGCAUUGGCAGCAGCAGCCUCGUCCUCCUCCUCCUCCUCCUCGGCAUCUGGUCCGUUUUUCAUGUAUAUAUCAUGUGGCCUCUUGCAGUUGUUUCCUUGGUAUUUUGUAGCCGUUGAAUGAUCAUAUUCAUGAUACAUGUUUGAAAUCCUCGACUAUGAUGUUUCCUCCCAAACACAUUAAUUAAUUCUACUUUGUUUACUGAGGAUAGGAUAA